AUGACGGUCUAUUGCCGAGAAUGGUUAGAGAGGCAUUGCAAAGAAAAAAAAGCUUUUGUUUUUUUUUUAUUAAUAACAUGUGCAUAUUGCGAUAAAGUUUUUAUAAAAAGUGAGAAGAACUACAUAAGAAAAUUUAUAAAUCACUUGUACGAUCAUGGACUAACCGAAUUAGAUGGCCAUUCAAGAUGUAAAGAAUUAAAGGAAAAGUUUCAAAUAAUGCAAAAUCAGCGUUACGUUGGAGUGUGUAAAGAUCAAAUGUGUAAAUUACAAAUUAUAUUUUUUCGUGGUACGCACCUCUUACAAAACCAUUUGGAAAUAUAUCACGGGAACAGAUCAAGUAUAUAUAAAAAUGUAAUAAGACGAAACAUGAGAGUACAACAUAUUCUGUUGAAUAAUUACCUCAUAAUAGGCAAAAAUAAUGCGCAGUGUUUAAUUUGUAAGGGCGAGGCAAGCUUAAGAAAUUUGGAAUUACAGAUUGAAGAAACACUCGAUGAAUUAAAAAACCACUGGGCCAAACAUUUUAGAAACACGCAAUUGGACGAAAUAUAUCGACUAGAACAACUUCAACAACGAAUGGAUGAGAAACUUUUUUUAGAAGAAUUACAGAUACUACCUGAUGAUAUAAGAGAAAUGAGAAACUACUUUAAGUUCACAUCAGAAGAAAUAAACGAAAUCAAAAACUUUGACGAGAUAAUACAUGAAGCCGUUGACCGUCAAAAGUAUAUUGAAAUAUUCAUAACAUUUAAAAUAUGGGCAAUGUCAAGUUCGGAGGGAAUAUGUAUAUGUUGUUUAAGAAAAGUUAUGUAUGGUGGCAGUACUUGUAUUAUAAAAAAUCAUUGGGAAUUAAAUCACGGAGUAUUUUCUCAGAUAUAUAAAGAAAUAAUAGAUAUAAAGAUGGUACAUGAUCUAUUGAAUCAGUACAUCAUAAUGAGUGACAUAUUGGUGUGCUUCAUCUGUAGAGACUCGUUCGAAGUGAAAGCUUUGCUAUUAAACGUUGAAGAACAGCUGGUUAUCUUACUUAAACACUGCUACAUACAUGCUAGGACAUCUUCAGACGAUCAAAUAAAACUAGAGGCACAUCUACGAAAAAAGUUUAGACGAAAACUAAAUACAAAAGAAAAAUUAGUCGAAAUGUUGGAGAAUUCUGGAAGAGACGAUCAAGGGCAGAAAAGUAGCGACCGUGAUGAUAGAUCGAGUACUUCGAGAGACGCUAUAACUGAACCAUCAGAACAAAGUGGAUCGAGUAUUUCGAUAGACGCUGGAGCUGAUUGUAAGGAUACGGUCAACUUUGCUCUGUCAUCAAGACAAAGUGGAGAACGACAAAGUACUCCAGCGCAGAGUCCGUCUAAGUCAGAUUCUUCGAAUGGAUCACCGCCAGUCAAAUAAGGGAAAAAAGA